AUGGCAUCGUCGUUGAUUAAAAUAUUUCGCUUCAGAAAGCACAAAGAUUGUAAUGAUCUUAAUCGCAAGGAGCCAUCGCGUCAUUCGUUGCGAUGUUGUUCGCCAAUUCCUUCAUGGCGAUCCGAUAAGGAAGCUAUCUAUAUAAGCGGAGCAUCAUGGACUCGACCGUCAGCACCUUAUUCCGUUAUUACAGCACCAAAGAAGGGAAAACAAACAAGAUCAUGCCCUGGAGGAGUUUCCAUUUUUCCGAUUAAAUCAUCUAGCAACAAAAAAUACGACUCAAUUGAAAACAAAGGUGCUGGAAUAGCAGCUGAUGUCGGAAAUCUGGAUGCUGAAGUAAAAACAUCUGAAUAUGGUAGCGCUGAUCCGAGUCCAACAGAUAGUUCGCAGAGUGUUCCCCUACCAUUUUUGGAAUCGAAAGCUGACACGGAAUUCAAAGCUGAGAUUCAGAAAUACGAAUUUGAAAUACGCAGAUUGAGGAAACGUUUGAAGGAAGAACGACAUUAUUUUAAAGGGCAAAUCAUUGCUGUACAGAAAGAAAAAGAUAACAUGAGGCGCUACUUGGAAAAAGCUAGUCGAGCUGUUAUGCAUAUGCAACGAGGAAUUGAUCAGGAAAGACGAAAGAACUCAAACUUGAGGAAACAGUUGCACGAAUCAGAUAUAAUUAUUAUUGGUCUGCAAAAUCAACUUAGAAAUAAUCAGUAUCGUGAAGUAGAACGUAUGGGCAGUGUUAGUUGUCCAUCAUGUGGUUCAACGAUUGUUGGCGCUGGCGAAGCACUCUGUGCGCUUACACACUCUAAUGCAAAUCUUUACGACGAUUCAUUUACUUCAAAUAUUAGCGAUGCACCACUGGAUGAAGUGAAAAACUUUCGUAACAAAAGAUGUAGUACACCGGCAGCUGCACCAUCACCAAGAGCUUCACCAUCUAUAAAAGGUGUUAAUAUAGCUCCGAAGCAGAUGGCUACAAAUGAAAAAUCAUGCGUGAAAUCGCCGCACAGUCCCUUGAGGCGUUCGUAUUCGGAUAGUGAAUUACCAUCAAUGGUUUCAACAACUGAAGUGGAAAAUGGUUCACAAGAAUGCUUACUACAAUUAAUCCAUUUGCCUACUCGUGGAGAAUUACUCUCUGAAAGCUUGGACGGUACUAGUUUUUCGUCUGAUGAAGAAGCAACAACCAUUGAAUUACUAGAAAAGCAGUUAAGACGUCGUGGCGAUAAUGUUCGCUUUGUACCUCCACGGAGAGCUGUACGACAAGCAACUUUCCGACGUUUUGGUCGUAAAGAAAUAAGUGCCCUGGCAGAAUUUGACUAUUUGCAGAAUUUGAGUACUGAUGCCAGUGGAAUCGCAACAAGUUCCGAUUAUUCAUCUCCGGAAGGACGUCUGGGAUUAGGUAAAGAACGAAGAGUACCCAAAGGUCGGACACUGUGUAAAUUAAAAAUCUCCUCAUGA